UAUGAAGACGCUCCUGCUUCCAGUAGUCCUUAUUGUUUUUUUAGUAAGUAUUAAAAAGGCAUUUCAAUACAUUAUGCUUAAAAAGAAAUCCUCUGAAAGGUAAAUAUAUUUUUAUUGCAGAUCCAAUUAGAGAAAUACCAUUAGUAAUGUUUUGUAUCUUUAAAGAUAUAAAGGAUUCCUGUACCUUUAAUAUCAGUUUGUCAUUUUCUCUAGAUAUUAAUCACAUGGCUGGUUUCUUUUUCUAAUAUUACAUAUCUUGUACACAGUAAAAUUUACUUCCUUUCUUGGCUCUGUGCUUAUAGGAGCAUCCUUCACAACACAAAAAUAUCAUGCAGGAUUGAAGUUCCCAAUUCUGAAAACUAGUUUGGAUAUUCCGUAUUACAGUAGGCUUGAAAGUUUGUUGUUAAUAGAUCAAUGGGGAAAGUUCUAUAUUCAGAUAUUUAUGAAAGGCAACUGUUAAAUGAAAUAUAAGUACCAUGCUUAGUAUUAUGUCAUAUAAAGUUAAAGCAUUUUUACUAAUAAUCUACCGUAUAAAUUCAUCUACCCUAUCAUAUAUUAAGUACAGGUAGUCCUUGAUGUGCAACCAGUCACUUAAUGAGUAUUGAAAGAGAGACUCCAACGAGAAAACUAAACAAUUCUGUUUCCCGUCUCUUUACUGUUCACAAAGAUUAUAUAACACAAUGUUUCUGAAGGCUUUAAAAAGCUAGCACACAGAGAGAAAGGUAACUACUGCAUUGGAUCAGAAAAAGGAAACUUGCGUCUUUGGGAUCCAAUCUUCCAAUCUUCUUUUCUCUGGCCCAGAGCAGGAAUUUCCUCCUGUGCAUGGAUGGGAGGGGAAGGCCUGCAAUGGGCUGCACAAACAAAACUCGGAUCUUUGUGGUCUGAGCUUCCUUUCUCUGGCCCUUCUCAUUAACAGACCUAAAGUAGCCCAGAAAAUUAAUAUAAUUAAAACGCUGUAUUAAUAUGAAAAUCAAGAAUUAAAUUGCAUAAGUUUUUAAAAUCCUUAAAUGAUCGACAUUGUAAUAGUUAACAUCUAGGAACAGCCAACCAUAUAAAAAGGUUGUGUUAAAAAAAGGUACCUAAAAAUUUCAACUUUGCAACCUAAUGUACUACAGAGGGGAAGAUCUCACAGGACAAUACCUAUAGAUCAAGUUCGUUUUUAUAUUUAUCACCAAAUGAUAAUCUGCAAACUGUAACUGAAAGCAUAGGAUAUCAUCUGAUAAUUGUAAGUGUCUGUGAGGCUGAUGUAACUAAAAUAUUUAAGGUAACAUAUAAUUUAGGGUUUUGUUAAUUAUUUUAUAGACAAAUUGAUUAAAGUUGUUUCUUUUAUUCCAGACAGGAGUAUUAUUUUAACCAGGGUGAGAUUGUAUACCAUGCAUUGCAACUAAUUUUUUUUACUCUACUUGCCAUUUUAAUAAUGAGACUAAAGUUGUUCCUGACUCCACAUAUGUGCAUUAUGGCAUCCUUGAUAUGCUCAAAACAGUUGUUUGGAUGGAUUUUUCACAAAAUCCAACCUGGAACACUUGUUCUUGCAAUUUUGGCAAUGAUGGCAUUUGAGGGAAUAGCAAAUCUUCAAAAAGAAUGGAGUAUUGUGGGAGAAUUUAGCAAUUUGCCCCAGGAAGAAUUACUGUUGUGGAUAAAAGCAAAUACUAAACCAGAUGCUGUUUUUGCCGGUGCAAUGCCUACAAUGGCAAGCGUAAAAUUAUCUGCACAACGACCUAUUGUGAAUCAUCCCCAUUAUGAGGAUGCAGGUUUACGGGCAAGAACAAAAAUCGUUUAUUCCAUGUAUAGCCGAAAACCUGCAAAAGAAGUUAAAAGAGAACUAUUAAAGAUGGGAGUAAAUUACUACAUUUUAGAAGAUUCUUGGUGCCUGAGACGAACUAAGCCUGGUUGCAGUAUGCCAGAAAUUUGGGACAUAGAAGAUCUUACCAAUGCUGGGAAAAUUCCUUUAUGCAAUCUCAUGUGCAAAGAUUCCAGGCCAUACUUCAGGACAGUAUUCAACAAUAAUAUAUUCAAAAUAUUGGAAGUUACCAGAGAAUGAUUCUUCAGUACUGUAUCAUUUUUGGCAGUAUAUGUUUCAAACCAGCAUUUAAAAAAAAAUCUACUUGAAUUCCAUUUAAAAAUAAAAAGAAUUGAUGUUAAUUACAGGCACUGUUAGAUUUGACUUGCAUUCCAGAGAAUUAAACACUCACGGUGUUUUGUUUUGUUUUUGAAGCAAUUGAAGAUAGUCAUUGGAUGAGAUUCUUAGGAGUCCAACUGUAUUUAUUGAGAAGUAAUGUUCAUUUGAAAAAAAAAAUGAAAAUAAUUUUAGUUUGGAUCUGUAGGUGUUCUAAGAUACUAUAUGGAAUAUCACUCUUUAAAAUGUGAACAGUUAAAGUAUAUUUUGGCACAAAUUUGUCUCCUCCUGGGACAGUUGUUUAAAAUUACCUAUGCAAAUGUUUAUUGCAUUUCAACUCUUAAUAAAUACUGAUCCUAAGAAAGAGAGCAAAAAUAUUUAUAGAAAAUAAUACCAAACUCAAUGAAAUUGUGCAGGUAAUGAUUCCUAGAAAGAGUGCUGCAAUUUUAAACCCUGAACAAAUAAGAGUUGACAAAACCUAAGGUUUUCUCACAUAUAGUCAUCAUUAUAUUGCUAAUUUAAUUUUCUUUUCAUGCUUCUCCUUUUCAAAUAAGCAUAGUUUUGUGAAAAAAGAUGAUUUCCAUGAUCCUAUAUUAGCAUAAAUUGCUCUUUACUUUAUUAAAACUGAAAAAGUUCACUUAUUACAACUUGCUUAUUUGUUCUGCUUUAAAAUUCUUAAAAUUUGCAUUGAGCCAAAUGAUAUAUAACAAGACUUCCUACAUUCUCGUUUAUCAAAGCUGAGAAAGCAAUAUAGUGUAUGUGAUUAAUCUUUAUUAUUCCUGUCAUUUUUCUUACUUUUCUUUCUUUUUUUUCUUUUGGUAGAAUAUUACAUCUAAACCAGAAUUCCUGGUUUGUUAUUUUUAACAAGCCAAAUUUAGAAUCCAACAUUUAUUCUUGGCUUACUUAUUGUCUUGAAUCCAAUAGUCCAAGGAAUCCUUUUCUGAAUAUGUUUUUAAACACUUUCACUGGUAGCAGAAAUAGUUGAAAAGUAAACCACCCAAAUGUAUAUAGAAAGAGUAUAUAUGCUUCUUCAAUAGUUACUAAAAUAGGACUGCUGAAAUUCAUGUAAAUUUAUCUGAAUUUUUCUACUAUUGACAUGCUAUGAUGAACAAAAUAAAGUUGUUGCAUGUGUUAAUCUUUUAAAAACAGAAAUUUUCCAGGAAAAUUGUACUAUUUUGCCUUAAUGCAAUAAAGGAUCAUCAUUAAUCCUUGUAGAAAAUUUAAUGUAAUAGGAAAUAACAUUUAUUCUCUAAGAAAUAAAUUGUAACCACUUGGUAAAAUGCAGUGUAAAACAAUUAUGCUUUUGUGUUAUUCCAUUAUACACCUUAGAGUUACUUUAUACAACAUAAAUUCCAAUACUGCAGCAAAUGUUAGGUAAGUUAAAACCGCAUUCUUAGGCUCAUUUUUAUAAAACCCUUUUAAAACUUCAAAAAUAUUGUAGUCAUUUCUGAUUAACUGUAAAGACGAUGCAUAGCUCCAAACCCUGGUCGCAGUUCAUUUUUUUGUCUGGUACUAUAGACCAUGAUUGUAUACAUUCUGUGUAUGUUUAAAACUGUUGAAAAAUCUUACUUGUACAAGUUGUUUAAGAACUUAAACAAGUUGUUUAACUAAGAACGGUUGCCACCUUCCCUGACAAAGUACAAAAGGGUCAAUUCAAAAUGUAAAGAAAUUUAUUUUCUAUUGAGGAUUGAAGCGUAAACUAAGAUCCAUUCAAAAGGCAGGAAAUUGGAGUCAUUAUUUUGUACUUAGAUUAUAUUGUAGAAUAGAAACAACUGUACUUUUAUGGAUUUUAUGCCUAUUGUUGAUGUUCAUUUUCAAAUAAAAGUUUUGUUCAUAA